CUGCGUCUUCACGCGAGAAAUCGUUCAUCGUCACCUUUCUGUCGCCAACCCCGGAAAUCUCCAACUUUGGAGCGCGACUCUUUCCCGCAAUCACAGCAGCUCUAUUUCUUUUCGUCGAGCCGAUUGCUUGACCCAACCGAUUCUACCAGCUAUUUUAAUUUUCCUUUGUGCACGAACAAGCUACACGCGACAAGCUUCCCAUCCUUUCAACCGCAAGACUGGCUUCAUCGAGACAGCGCGAUACCCAAAUGAUACCUUGAAAACAUCCGCGACGAGAGCACGAUGCCUCCCAAGCGAAAGGCUCGUGGUGGCCCUGCAGGCGAAGGCAACAGACCCUCCCCCCAUCGACCCGGAGACAUGCCGCUGGGCCAGCGUGAACGAGACUUUUCAGAGGGUGGAGGCAGGGGCGGCCGCGGUGGUAGAAACACUAGAAGAAACGACCGCCGAGAUUCCGCCCAGGGACAACAAUCACAGCCUGGUACUCAGUCGGCAAGCGCUUCCCGCGUCACAUCCCCGACUGUUCCCCGGCCGCCCUCUACGCCGUCGCAGCCGCACCAUCCCGCACCGAUCGCAGUCGAGCCACCCUCAGCACCAAUUUCGCAUCCGCCCUCCCCAGUACCGACAAGCUACUGCUAUGAGCACAUCACUGACGAGGCGAUUGCUUCCUGGGAAAGCAGCAGCAGGCAAAAGCUAGUCGAACAUGGAGUCAGCUCACGGUCGGAUGUGGACAUCGAGGAGCUGGCCGCCAUCUACCAAGAGUUUAUCCAUGCCGUCAUCGAGGGGCGGCUGUCGCCUGUUGACGCUGGCGCUUGCAUGAAGGAGAUACUCGGCUCGGAAUCGCAAGAAAUGAUUAAGGAGUCUUUCUCGUUCGAGCCUCAUACUCUCUUCCUCGACACAUGGUCAAUCAUCUUUGACAAUGACCGUGGUCUUUUCAAGCCUCACCUGCGCGACUUCAUUCAAGCAACAGGCGUCUCGUCAGAGCUUGUACGCCAAACUCUAGACGCUCCGCUUCUCCAAGAUCUGGGCAUGAUCCGCGAGACCUUCAUCAAGCUUGGUAUCAGGCGUGCGACGAACCUUCUGUACCGACAAGCAAACUACAACUUGCUACGCGAAGAGAGCGAAGGUUACUCCAAGCUCAUGACUGAGCUCUUCACAACUAGUAGCUCAGAGCCCCCGUCAGCCGAGAUGGCCCACGCAGCUUUUGAACGUCUUAAGGGCCUCAUUGGAACUUUCGAUCUCGAUGUUGGAAGAGUUCUCGAUGUUACACUCGAUGUCUUCGCUGCCGUCCUCAUUAAGCAGUUCCGGUUCUUCAUCAAGCUUCUCAGAGUCAGCUCUUGGUGGCCUCGCAACCAGAACCCGGCCUCAUCGACAUACGCAGGUGGCCUUCCUCCCUGGGCUCUACCCGACUCGUCGCACUGGAUGACCAGCCAAGAAGUCGAACUUGAGACUGCCGAGCUGAGGCGCCAGCGCGAUGUCGAGUUCUGGGACCGCGCUCGUGAGGUUCACAUCGAUGCAUUCUUCCAGCUUGGAGGCAGACAAGUCACAGACGAGCACCUCAAGUUGCUUGAAGAAUCAGAGUCGGCAUCUGAAGCCGAAGUCAACGCUGCAUCCGCAUGGAUGAAGAUGACAAAGACGCUUCCGCCCCAGGGAAACCGCACCGCUGCCCAACUGCUUGGCUUCAAGCUGAGGUUCUACGCCUCCGAUGCCAGAGAUCCCGACGAUGUUCUGCCAGCAAAUUUGCUUUACCUUGUCGCGCUCCUCGUCAAGGUUGGCUUCAUGUCCUUGGUCGACAUUUACCCGCACCUGUGGCCUCUUGAUGAGGAAAUGGACAGCAUGAGAGAAAAGAAGAUGAAGGAGCUAGACGAGAAGGAGAGACAAAGUCGACCUGGUGCUGCACAAAACGCCCUUCUCAUGGCGGGUGCCUUGCCCGACGACAGCGCACCGCCCCCCACGACCCGCACUCGAGUCGCCGCAGGCAAAGCAGAUGCCGACGCCAAGACAGACGCCACUGCGGACGAGAAGGAAAAGCUUCCAGAGCCCAUGGAGCAGAAGGCAGCUUUACUGAUCUGCCUUCUGACCAUUGGCGCCAUUCCAGAAUCCCUCUUCAUUCUCGGUCGUGUCCCUUGGCUGCCAGAGGCUUAUCCCGAAGUUCUUGAGAGGAUUCAUCGUAUUCUCAACCACAGCGUCGAAAAGGUGUACCAAGAAAGUCGACCAACUCCCGUCGGCUCGACCGAGCCGGCUUCGAAAGCAAUUGCCGACAUUGACCAAAGCGGUGUACCCAAAGGGUCCGUGAAGCUUUCCACAUUGCCAGCCAAGAAGUCAAUGAGAUGGCCCUUCCCCGACGGAUUCGACGGCAGAGAUCAACACUACAGAUUCUACUGGGACGAAUGGGCAGACAACGUCCCAGUCUGCCAGACUGUCGAAGACAUAUUCACGUUAUGUGACACGUUCUUGAAUCUUUCGGGCGUAAGCAUCGGCAAAGAUCCUGCAUUACUGGCAAAGUUUGUCAGCAUCGGAGCGAAGAGUUUGGCAGAGGACCGCUCUCAGCACAACAUGGACCGUUGGCAGGACCUCUUGCGGCGCAUCCUGGUUCCUGCCCUCAGCAUGACCAACGCCAAUGCAGCCAUUGUCAACUCCGUAUGGGACCUGCUCAAGCUAUACCCCGUCACCAUCCGAUACUCCAUCUAUGCUGAAUGGUUUGAAGGCCAGAUUUCCCGAUUGCCGGCAAUGAAAGCAGCCUUCACUCGCACGCGUGUGGAAACCAGAGGCGUGAUGAAGCGCGUUUCUCUCACGAAUCUGAGCGAGAUGGCCAAGUCGCUAGCCAAGACCAGCUACUCGUCGCCAGGUAUUGUCUUCAAGGAGGCUCUCGGCCAGAUCGAGGCCUACGCAAAUCUCAUCGAAGCCUUUGUUGAGUGCGCCAAGUACUUCACUGAUUUGGCCUACGAUGUCCUGAUCUGGUCUCUCGUGAGCUCCAUGGGUGGAAAGCGAAGUCGCACGCAGGAAUCAUCCAUCCUCCUGACCAGCAAGUGGCUUCAGGCACUUUCCAAAUUCGCCGGCAAGGUCUUCAAGCGCUACUCCAUCCUAGACUCGACUCCGAUUCUCCAGUAUGUGAACGACCAACUCUUCCAGGGCAACUCGACCGACUUGAUUAUUCUCAAAGAGCUCGUGUCGUCAAUGGGAGGUGUUGUGCAAGUUCUUGACUUUACCGACGACCAAAUUUUGGCCAUGUCUGGAGGAGAGGUGCUGCGACGCCAAACGCUGCUCAGUCUUCAAGACAAGCGGUUUGAGUCGACUCGCAGCGCCAAGCGUCUCAUGCAGUCCCUUGUCGACUCGAAACUCGCUGGACGCCUGCUCAUCAAUGUUGCUCAAUACCGACAAGCCGCCAUCUACAAGCUUCCCGACGAUGAAGCGCACAUCAAGUACAUUGGUUCGGUUAUUGAUGACAGUCAUCAGAUCCUGGUUCAAUAUCUCGAUCUUCUACGGACCAAUCUCGAACCCCACGAGUUUGAUGCGUUGGUACCUGCUAUCACCAUGCUCAUGGACGAGUUUGGACUUGACGCAAGCUUGGCGUUCCUGAUCGGUCGUGAGGGUGUUGCUUACAACAUGUUCGCCAAAAAGCAAGAUUCCGCAACCACUACCGACUCCGACGGCGACUUGUCAAUGAUUCAAGACGCACCCGAAGCAAAAGAAGCCGCGGAAGAGUCGACUGAGUCGGAGGACAAGAAGCUGACACCGCAAGAGGUUCGGGAGAGAGCAAAGAAGGACGCCGGACGCCAGAUUCACGAGGCGCUCGACCCCAUCGUUACGUCAAUGAAGUCUAUAACACCAGAUUCUUCAUGGACUAAGCUCAGUCCGGAGUUCUAUGUUCUCUUCUGGGCUCUACAGCUCGGUGACAUCGAGGUCCCAGCCGCGAGCUACAACAACGCUCAUAAGAGACUGUCGAACCUGAAGAAAGAGCUCGACAGAGAUCGCUCCGACAUGAGUCGCAGCGGCAUUAACAAGAAGGAAGCCAAAAAGGCCGAGCUCCUGAAGAUCAGCAACGAACUGCCCAAAGAAGCGGAUCACCAGAUGAAGCGAGCAAGAGUCGUCCGAGACUACAUGACGGACCGCAUGGAAACUUGGUUCACAGGUUCAGCCGCGAAGUUGAACGGUGUCUCGGAUGCUGUCCUCGAGCAAUGCUUGCUUCCUCGGCUAGUGCUCUCGGCUAGUGACGCUGAGUACUGUUACGUGUUCAUCAAGAAGCUCCACAUGUUCGGCGCACCCAACUUCCGUCUAAAGGCAUUGUAUGAUAGGCUCUUCAGCGUCAACCGACUGCGGGCUAUGAUCUUCACAUGCACAGUCCGCGAGGCAGAGCAUUUGGGCAGGUUUCUCAACUGCGUCCUCAAAGACCUGUCCAGAUGGCAUCGCGACACGAAUGCUUACGACAGAGAAGCGGUCGGCAAGCGCAGCUUCUUCCACGGAUUCGCUACCGAAUUCGAUGACAAGGGACAGCCAUCAUCUUAUUAUGAUCAUGCGCAAUUCCGCGACAUCUUGUACGGGUGGCAUAGCAAGCUCAACUUGGCGUUGAAGUCCUGCCUUGCCGGCAUGGAGUGGAUGCACAUCCGUAACGCCAUGACAAUCCUGAAGGCGGUUCUCGACCACUUCCCAGCUAUCACUUUCAUGGGCACACAAUUCAUCGAUCAACUCAAGACGAUUACAGACCGCGAGGCAGCUUCCAAGACCGCAUCUGCUGGGGAGGAGGGACAUCGCGUGGAUCUUUCAGUCGCUGCGCAGGGUGCCCUGUCAGAACUGCAGAGGAGGAAAGACAAGUGGAUUAUCCCCGCCGGUUUCCGCCCAAAUAUGAAUGGUGGUAAGGCCAAGGACGAGUCGACAACUACCAAUUUGCGCCCGACCGCGACUGAAUUCCAGCCCAGAUCAGCCAGGACCGCGGCAGAGCAGGAAGAUGGCGAAGUCAAGGAUGGCGAAACCAAGGACAGCAAAGAUGCUGGGUCCCGAUCAGCAGCACCCUCGGCGCCAGCCACGCUUACCCAAAAGGAUGCCAACUUGCCUCCCAAGCCAUCCUCCUCCCAGCCGGACACAGCGAAGGGAGGCUUCCCGCGUGGCGACCUCGGUUCCACUACCUCAAGCAAGCCGCCUACGCCAAAGCCAGCGAAUGCAACACCCUUGCCGAAUAAUGCGAACCACCGGGAUGUGCCCAGAUCAACUCCUACACCUACAGGACCAGACAGAAGUGCGCACAAUCUGCCCAAGCGACCAGACGUCCCUAUCCCCGGCCAUUAUGGUCGUACUCAUUUCACUCCUGACGCUUUGCCAGACCGGGUCCGAGAACAGAGAGAUCCGCGGGAGCCUCGCGGUCCCAGGGACACAAGAGAGACUCGAGAUACCAGAGAUCACAGAGACCCCCGCGAGCUCUCAAGAGAACCAAGAUUCGCUGAGCCAUCACGUCCCGACCGCAGUCGAGACUUUUCUGGACAAGAUCGAAGAGGACCAGAUGCUCCCCCUAGAGAAUCUGGUCGCCUGUCCGAGAAAGAUUGGCCUUCGAGGCCGGACUCGCUGCCCCCUCGUCGCGAUCACGGGCCCCAUGAGCGGGAAGGUCGUCCUUCUCGGGAAAGAGUGCCCCCAACAAAUGGACGCGUUUCUGAAUCAGGGAGACUGUCGAGAGAACCUGCUGUCGCCACCCCGCCAUCACAACCCACUGAGAAGCCAGCCGAGGAUCCCCCUGUCAACCCUGCCCGGUUGGCCUUGAUCCAAGGAGACCAACCUGGUAGGUCCAACCGCUCCGACCGAACCCCUCGAUCAUCAGAGACAGACCGGCGAAGCGGCCGGGGACCACGCCCUCAGGAGACCCAAGGUCACGAGCAGCGGACUCCUGACCAGCGUGCUCCGGAACCAGACCGUGCCGAAAUGAUCAACCCUGAACGUGCUGCUCUCAUCGGCGAGCCACGAACUGAAGUGCCAGCCAGGCCGGCACGAGAUGAGGUUAGAGAUCGAAAUGCUCCACGAGGUCAUUCACCUAGGAGAAGCGGACGUUUCAAUCCAGAAGCACCAGCAGAUCCAGCGAGGGAUGACAGACAUGGUCGCUCCCAUCACUCGGACCACCGAUCCUCUGGAAGAGAGACGCAUGCAGAGCCUCCCGCCUACAACCCCAGGACAGAACGCAUUGGCGAUAGAGAUGGUGACCGUUCCGGCCAAGACAAGAGCAGAGAGGCAUUUAUGGGUCCUUCCCGGAACUCGGAACCUGACCACGGCCGCACUGCUCAUCAGGAUCAAAACUACGGUCGGCUGAACCACCCAAUCCAGUCGGUAGUUGCCCCUAAUGAGGUUCCACUGGGUCCCCGGGGUCGCGGCCGAGCGUCUGCCCGAGGUGGAUCCGCGGGCACCCCUAACUCGCGAUCCGAUGGCCGCUUCCCGAAUGCAGACAGCCCGGCGGCACCUGAAGAAAGGCAUCCACCCACUGGUCCAGCCGCCUCAGGCAGGGGACGUCGGAAUCAGUACGAGUCUAAUGCGCCCGUCAACUCUCCGUCUGCUAUGACGCCGACUCCAGCAGCACACCCCGAUCGCUCACGUGCUAUCAAUUCGGGUCCAGCAGGCUCACCCACUCCAGCCUCGGGAGGGCCUACCUUGGCUCCUGGUAUUCACCCUGAUCGACUGGCACAAAUUGCUCCACCUCCGCCUCCGCCUCCUGGGCAGCCACCAAGCCACGGUCACUCUCGACCGCCUGUGGCCCCUAUCAACACACCAGACCGCCCAUCCGGAGGUCAAGGCGGUAACAUCAGAACACCGACGGGCAGUUUCCCAACGCCUACCGACGGGGUGCCGUCUGGACCAUCAUCGAAUGAUCGAGGUCGCAGCGGUGGCAGUCGUAGACAGCUUGCGGGUAUCAACAGCACGUUGCAGCAAGCACAAGCCAAUAUGCCAGAAACCAACAGAGGCACUAGUAUACGCGGGCGUGGGGUUGCCAGAGGUAGUAUCGCUGGCUCCGAUGCUCAAGUUCUGACAGGUGCAUCACCGGUGUCUACGCCAGUCCAAGAACGUCCUGUUGGACAAGAAAGGGCACAGACAAACGGCGAGGAUCAUCAACAAACCGAGCAUGACCGUGGCCGCCGCGAGCAUCGUUCAGAGCGUGGCCGACAUUCGAGACGAAGCAGUCGUGAACGAGAGCGCAGUCCUGGUCGAGAAAGGGAUGGUAAGGAGCCCCGUGAACACAGGGAGAGAAGGUCUGGGGCUCAAAAUCAGUCAUCCACUGGUCGAGAGGAACGUGAACCCCGACGCUCUGGUCGAGAGCCAUCCGGCAGCACUAGGGAGUCGCAUGCGAAUCCUGCCCACGGCAGUAGCCGGGAGAACACGGGGAGCAGUCGCGAAACUCGCCACCGUAACGAUCGUGGAGAUGGCGGACGUGGAGACGUAGCUACGGGAACAAGGAAUGAAGAAUGGGCAGGGAAUCAGCGAGGCGCGCCUAGAGGAGGACCUCGCGAGGGAGGUCUAAGACCGAACGACGACCGACGCGAAGAUCGGGGCCGAAAGCGUCGAAGCGAAGACGCAGCAGGCUUCCCAAGCGAACGAGAAAAGAGGCAAAGACGCUAGGAGCGGCAGCCGAUCUUCUGAAGGAAUGAAGGCACGCGAAGUCAACUCGAGGGGAUGAGCGACUAGAGAAAGUCAUGUUGUACGGAAGAUGCCAUGGG